UGCAAGGCACUCGUCAUCAGAAAGAGGGAGGAGUUUAGUGUUUGGAGGUAAAUGCUGUGAUUGGUUAGAAUGUUUCACAGACUCGAGCCAAUGGGCGACUGACAGUCUCCUUUUAAUACUGGAAACAUCUGCACAUGAGCAAAUAUCUUCUUCUAUUUCACAUUUUGAAGUUUUGUAACAGUCGCGAUAAUGAGUGGCAGAGGUAAAACCGGCGGCAAAGCGCGAGCAAAGGCUAAAACUCGUUCCUCCAGGGCGGGACUGCAGUUCCCCGUCGGCCGUGUGCACAGACUUCUCCGCAAAGGCAACUACGCUCAGCGUGUCGGUGCCGGUGCUCCCGUUUAUCUGGCCGCUGUGCUCGAGUAUCUCACCGCUGAGAUCCUGGAGUUGGCCGGAAACGCCGCUCGGGACAACAAGAAGACUCGUAUCAUUCCCCGUCACCUGCAGCUGGCAGUGCGGAACGACGAGGAGUUGAACAAACUCUUGGGUGGAGUGACCAUCGCUCAGGGUGGGGUGUUGCCCAACAUCCAGGCUGUGCUGCUGCCCAAGAAGACCGAGAAACCCUCCAAGACCAAGUAAACCAACCCCAGUCUGUUUGCCUGACCCCAACGGCUCUUUUAAGAGCCACACACUUGAACUAAAAAGAGACUUUUCUUCUCUUAUAUAAAGUCUUCAGUUCAAUGGUUGGUACAGAAGCUAAAAUAAAGAAAUGUGUAGGAGUGCAUACAUGCAGUAACAAGUGUUUCUAUUUCAUUCGUAACUGAAAAACUGCAUCAGCUUGGAGCUACUUAUGCAGUGGCAUAACUCCGUAAAGACAUGUAAUGAAAAACUACAAGAUUUGUCUCGAAUAAUGUGCAGCAUUAGACACAUGCGGUGAAAUCAAAUGUGCAUGAAGCAACACGUGAUCGAUCAAGGGUUUUUUCAGUCGUGUUACUAUUUUGUUUCUUAAGUACAGAUAACAUUACUAAACAAGCAGGUGUGUAAUGUCUGUUGUACAUAAUCAUAUAAUAAAGUGUUACACCG